AUGGUUGACUUUGUAAACAUCAAUGGCGCCCGUCUGGCAUACCGCAUAACUGGGCCAGAAAGUGCACCGCUCAUGAUCACGCUACAUGGCGGUCGUGGAAUGGGUGAUCACAAGUCCGACUUCAAAAUCUAUAGCCAAUUAAGCGAUAAGAUUCGAGUUCUUUCCUUCGAUUACCGCGGGCAUGGUCAAAGUUCUUUGACUAAGCCUUACACCUUUGAGCAAAUUGUCGACGAUAUCGAAGGGGUAAGGCAGCAUUUCGUCGGUGAUGAUCAGGUCAUCAUCUGCGGCGGUAGUUUCGGCGGGUUCCUGGCGCAACACUAUGCCAUCAAAUACGCCCCGAAGGUAUCACAUCUGAUUCUCAGAGGAACUGCAUCGUCUCAUCAUCAUGAGGCCGGCGCCAUCAAGACUUUAGAGGCGAGGAUACACAAAGUUCCCAGCUUCUCCGUCGACAUGUUGAAGAACAAGGUCUUUGGUGCAUAUGAAAGCGAUCGCGAGUUUCAGUUGAUUUACUUUGCCAUGAUGCCGCUGUAUAGACAAACGUUCGACCCCGAUGCAGCGUUGAAGAGCAACCUUGAUGGAGUUUACGUCGCCGAAUCUCACAAUGAUCUCUAUUCUGAGAAAGAAAAGUACUUCGACUACACCGAGCAACUAUCCAAGAUCACAGCCAAGACAUUGGUAGUAGUUGGUGACAAGGAUUGGAUUUGUCCUCCAGAAAACUCCAAGUUGAUUGCUGAAAGAAUCCCCGGCGCCAAACUUCUGUUAGUUGAGGGUGCCAAUCAUGGUGUCCAUGCUGAGAAGCCAGAAGUGGUUUUGGGAGAGAUUAGAACGCACUUGAAUAUCUAG